AUGGAUGAUGCAUAUUCGCGAUAAGCCUCAACUCCAGCAGAUCGGAAGAGUACGUUAGAAUCAAUGCGAAAUGAAAACAUGAACUUUGUUGAGUAAUCUUAAUUAGAUAGUCUAUAGCUCAAACGAUGUGAUAGUGGAGUAUUACAAAAAUCAGUAGAAAAAUUUAUUAUGGCUAGAUAAGUGAGCGGAUUGGAUAGAUAUUUCUUAGAAAUUGAAUAGUGGCUCGAUGAAGAUAAAACAUUACAUACUAAUACUCCAUUGGUCCUAGAAGCCGAUGAUGGAAUUGGAAAGAAAACGCUCUUGGUAAAAUGGAUGGAAUAUCAUGCCAGAAAUAAAAAAGGAGUAAGAGUAAUGUAAUUAAUAGCGAUAUCCUGAUUUCAUCAUUCCUCAUUUUGCCACUUAGUCAGGAAAAAAUAGCAAUUAUUAUUAUGCAAUAUAUAGAAUCCUUAUAAAAUUAAGAGAAGCUUUGAAUAUUAAAUAAAAAGUGGAGCUCUUGGAAGAGAAAUUGAGACGUUACUUUUAAUAUUGGUUAGAAAUAUGUAGUAGACAAUUAGAACAGCAAAUUAUUAAUGGAGCAGAAAUAAUCUAUGAUAAAGUAUUUCUAUUUAUUUAUCACAUAGGUAAUCCUAGUAUUUGAAGGUAUCGAUAACUUUAGAGAAAUCUUGGAUAUGCAUAGAGAAGCUAACGUUAAUUUUUGGUUGCCUAAAUAUUUUCCAACAAAUAUUAAAGUUAUUGUAACUGCUGAAAGACAAUCAUCUUCAAUGCGAUUACUUAAACCUGAUUGUUAAGUCAUUCCUAUUGUGUCUGAUAAAGCAUAUAUGAAAUAGAUGGUAAAUAAUCAUUUGGGCAAGAAUUUAUUUAUUUAAGUAAAUAUCAAUUAUUCUUAUAUCUUAUAGAAAUUUGAUCAAAUUUUAGAUAUCUUCAUUUAACUUAAUUAUAGAGUUAGAAAUCAACCAUUAUUUGUAAGAUCCUAUUUUUCUGUAUUUGUACCUUAUCCAACAGAUGGAGUAGUUGAAGAACAUGAAAUAGAUAUAUAAUUGAUUGAAAAUAUCCUGGACCCAUUAAAUCUUGAUCACUUUAAGAAAAUGAAAGUUGUUGAAGAUCUAUUUCAAUUUUAAUUAGAAUAUUUCUCUAAAGUAUAAUUGCUUGAUAAAGAUAAAUUUUAAAAUGUACUUCUUGUCUUAGCCUUAACAUAAAAAGGAUUGACAUAUCCAGAAAUAGAAUCUGUUUGUGAUAUCACAUAAUAGGAAUGGAAAAGAUUUCUUGUGUUCUUUAAGGUUUACAUAAUGAAACAUAGAGAUUUAUGGUUAAUACAUAAUGAAAUAUUUAAAAAAGUGGUCAUUAAUCAAUAUUAUUAAGAUGUAAAUAGUAUUUUGGAACUUCAUGAUAAAAUUGCAGCAACUAUUGACAAGAUAACUCCAAACUCAAUUAGAAAAUUAGAAGAAUAAACAUUUUAAUUGUUUAGUGCAAAAAAUUACUUUGCUCUCAAAGAAGUUAUUAGUAUUAUUGAGAAUUUCUUACUUUUGUUUAAUCCCUCUAAUAAAUAUGAUUUGUGUAGAUAUUGGCAAUCCUUAGAGGAGAAUGGAUUUGACCCAGUAUUAGAAUAUAAUAAAGCUGUUGAAGGUUUUCAAAUACACUAUCACCCAAAUGCAGAGGAUAUGUUUAGAAUCAUUAUUUAGAUAUCUAGAUUUUUAAAGGAAUUUGGUGAUUUUGAAACUAAAAAUACACCUGUCUUUAGACAUCCUCCUAUAAUUGGAAUACUUAGUGAUUUAUAUGAUAUUGGAUUAUUGUAUGAAAUAUUAAAAUUGGAUCUCUAUUAUGAUAAAGCACCAGAAUUGAAGUAGUUUGAUCCAGCUAAACAUUUGAAACGUGUAGCUAAACCAUUAACAGCUCCAGUAUUAUCAAAAUAGGAAUCCUUAAAUGUUGAAAUAGCCUAAAAUAGAGCAGAAAUUAGGUCUCAUUAUUUAAAGUAAUUAAGUAAGCCAGUUGAACCAACUGAUAAUGAAGAGGAAUUACCAUAAUCAGUAGAUUAAUUGGCUGAUGAAAUGGAUUAAAAAUUAAGAAAGACUUUGUAAGCUAAAGAAGAUAAUUUAUCAGAAGAUCUACUAUAAUAAAGUGAUAGGGAAUCAACAGAUUAUUAUUAUAAGAGAUGGAUUUGGAUUUAAUUUCCUUGGGCUUGUAUGAGUGUAAGUAAAAAAUGUGAUUAUUCAACUGUUAUUAAGUAAUGUUUUUCAUCAGCUACAGAUUAUAUGAGUGUAGAAGAUGAGAAUGCAUUUACAGAAUCUGCACUUAAAAUAGCAUUAGAAGCAAAAAGAAAGAAAAAGGAAAUGUAUGAAUAAAAAUACCAUGAAGAAGUAAGAUUAUAAAUUAUUCCCUAAAUAUCAGUAUUAUAAUAGAAGAGUAUGGAUGAAGUUUUUAGAAAAUAAAAAAGAGAAUAAUUAGAUUUUAGUUCAUUAUCUAGUGCAAGAUUUGAUAGAUCUACAAUAUCUGUCUUACCUCCAUUAUCAACAAGAAGUUCUUAAGCUAAGAAAACUAGUUCUCCAGAUCCUAUAUAUCCUCAUUUAAUGUUCAUUACAUCUGAUUUUACUGAUUCUAAUCAUUUAAAUGAAGAAUCUAAAUCAAUAAAAUUAACUUAGAGUAGUUUACCUAAUGAUGGUAAAUAAACCAUGCAAUUACUUGAUUAGAUGAAACUUAAAAAAGAAAGAAUUAAAGUAUUUUCAACUUCUUCAGUUCAACAUAAUUCUUAUAAAGUUACUGAAAUAUUCCCAAUUAUUAAAGGAUCUAUUUAAAAUCAUUCCUCUUAAUAAUUGAAUGUUUUAAAUGGUUAAUUGAGGAUGAUGAAAGGUAAAUUGGAUUAAAUUAGUUAUGAGAAUCUAUAAUUGGCUAAGACUUAUAAACUCUUGAAAAUUAUGGAUUUUAAUAAAGGAUAUUUGGUAAGAGAAAUGAAUAGUUUGGAUGGAUUAAAAUAAACACUUGAAGUGUUAAAAAAAUAAACUGAUGUGGCUGAAAAAGAAUUAAAGAGAAGUUAUAAAAUGAAAACAAGAGUCAAAAAGAUACUUAAAAUAUGUAGAGAUAAUAAAUAAUAAAAUGAAGAGUAUAUUAGAAAUUUAAAUUAUUUAACUAGAAAUUUUAUUAAAUUAAUUAAAUUUGAAGAAUAAGAAAUUAAAAAGAGUUAACUGAAUAUAAAAUAUGCAAAAAGAUAAUUUGAAGAAUUUUUAAAAGUCUAUAAAGAAAAAAGAAAUCAUUAAAGAAACUUAAUAAUUUAAAUCAAAGAUAGUUUGCAAUAAAAAAAACUUUUAGAUAAAAUAUUUUAAGAUGGAGAUAAAAGAAUUGCAGAAUAGGCUAAUGCAUCUAUCAAAAAAUUAAGAAAGAAAUUAGCAAAAAAAGAGGAUGAUUCUAAAAAUAAAAAGAAUAAAGAAGCUUAAGAAAAAGAAGAAAAGCAUCUCAGUGAAAAAUUAUAAUAAUUAAAAGCUUCAUAUGAAAAAGUUAAAGGAGGAGUAUUUGAUAUUAUGAAAGAAAAUUAUAAUUAAACUAAUCAGUUCAUAGAUUUUAUGGCUCAAAAAGAUAGAAAAAGUGAAUAUGAAAUUAAAUUAUCUGAAAGAAGGUAGAAAUAUACUGAAAUAAAAGAAUAAGAAAAAAAAUUAAAUGAACAAUUACAUACUUAUUAGAAUGCCUAUUUGUCUCUUAAUAUUCCAUAAUAAUAAGAAACUAAAAUUGAAGGUAAUUAUAUUCACUAUUAAAAUAACCAUAGAUCCUAAUAAUGAUAAGAUAUAAUCAACAAAUUUAUAGAAAUAAGAAUAAUAUUUGAAAAAGUUAAUGCUAUUAUAAGCAAAACUGGCCAGUUCAUUAGAAUAAAUUAAUGAGAAAAGUAAAAUUAAAAAAGAUGAUUCUGUAUUAUAUAUUGUAGAUUAUUAUAGAUAAUUGAAGAAUUAAAGAGGAGAUAAUAAUUAAUAAUUAAAAAUGAAGGGGAAGCAUCAUAUCAAAAUCUUAUAAAGGAUAAAUACGACAUUAAUUCCUUAUUAAAGAAAAGUGCACCCUUUUAUUUUCCUAAAAGAUAUACAGUUCAUAGUAGUAGAUAACCAAGUGAAGAAUGA